AUGGCCUUCCCAACCUACACCAAGACCUUCCAUACCACAACAUACCCUUCCAUCUCGCCAACCCGGAAAGAACUCUCCACGGCCGGAAAGGUAAUCCUCAUCACAGGAGGGGGAUCGGGAAUUGGAUCUCGGAUCGCCCACGCGUUUGCAGCCUCGGGCUCAACAUCCAUCGCCAUACUAGGUCGUACCGAGACCUCCCUGAUCUCCACGAAGGAGUCCAUCGAAGCCCAGCACCCAGGUGCAAAGGUCAUGGCCCUCGUAGCCGAUAUCGUAGACCGCACCGCCGUCCAUGCAGCAUUUGAUGAAGUGAAGAUCAUCUUGGGUCCAAUCGAUAUUGUGGUCAGUAACGCAGGGCACAUGCCCAGUGGCUCAUCCAUAAGCACCGCAGAUGUGGACGAGUGGUUCCAUGGGAUGGAGGUAAACGUGAAGGGGAAUCUCAUCCUCGCCCAAGCUUUCCUAGCCAACGCUGCGAAGAAGCCGGUGUUGAUUAACGUCAGUGCUGCGGGUGUUCAUAUCCCAGCUUUGCCCGUGCCAUUGAGUGCGUAUGUGGUGAGCAAGGCAGCGGUGGUGAAGUUGGUGGAGUAUUUCGCCGCAGAGAAUCCGGGUGUGAGGGUUAUGAAUGUACAUCCCGGGGCCAUUGACACGGGCAUGGCGAAGAGGGCUAAGGAUGCUGGGUUGGAGCUUCCGUUUGAUGAUAUUGAGUUGCCGGCCUCCUUUAUGGUUUGGGCUGCUAGUCCGGAGGCAGAGUUCUUGAGGAACAAGUAUAUGUGGGCUAACUGGGAUGUGGAUGAGCUGAAGGCUCAGAAGGAAGAAUUAGUGUCUUCCCCACAACUGACUAUUGGUCUCCUUGGGUGGCCGUGA